CUUUCAUAGUAUAUAUGAUUGAGAAACUUGCAAUUCCUUGCUUCAUUUUUCACAUAAAUAUUGCGUGUUGCAGAAAGGAACAUGAGCAAAAAAAUUAAUCGAAAACCUUUUUCAACAUCUUCAGCAAAAAAACCCAAAUUUAGCAGAGAUGAAGAUGAGGAGAAACCUAAUUCAUUUGAAGCCGAACUGGCUACUAUGGAUUACAUGGAAGAUGAUUUUCUAGAUGAGGCAUUGGUAGUUGGAGAGGGACCUGAACAAGAAAACACAUCUGCAAAAUGGAGCAGAGCUCCUCCACCGCCCUUGAAUCCACAAAAAGAUACAUUAAUAUUUCAGCAAAUAGAAAUUGAUCAUUACAUAGGUAAACCUCUCCAUGGAAUGCCAGGUAGCAAUGUAGGACCUGUACCCAUAAUGAGGAUGUUUGGCGUUACAGAAGAAGGAAAUUCUGUUUGUUGCCAUGUUCAUGGCUUUUGCCCAUAUCUGUUUGUAUCAGCACCAUCGAACUUUACAAAUAAUCACUGUAGACCAUUCAAAGAAGCUCUAAAUCAAGCAGUGAAAAAAGAUAUGAGAUCAAAUCGAGAUAAUGUUCAAGAAGCCAUUCUGGCAGUUGAACUGGUCUACAAGCAAUCAAUGUAUGGAUAUGGUGGAAACAAUAAAUUGCAAUUUUUGAAAAUUACGGUAGCAGUUCCAAAAUUGAUAGCACCUUGCAAAAGAUUACUGGAACAAGACACGGUCUAUUCUUCUUUUAAUCAUCAGUACAAGGCUUUUGAAAGUAACAUCGAUUUUGAUAUUCGGUUUAUGGUUGACACAUCAGUGGUCGGCUGUUCUUGGAUCGAAUUGCCACCAACAAGCUGGAAGUUACGUGGUCAGUAUGGACAUAAGUUGGAGCUAACUACACGAUGUCAAUUAGAAGUAGAUGUUGCAUGGGAUGCUUUCAUAGCUCAUGCGCCAGAAGGAGAAUGGUCAAAAAUAGCUCCGUUCAGAAUUCUCAGUUUUGAUAUCGAAUGCGCUGGACGUGAAGGUAUCUUUCCCGAAGCAAAACAUGAUCCAGUGAUACAAAUUGCCAAUAUGGUCAUAAGACAAGGAGAAUCCGAACCGUUUUUAAGAAAUAUUUUUACUCUUGACACCUGUGCGCCUAUUGUUGGCAGCCAAGUGUUGAGCUUUGACAAAGAAAAUGCAAUGCUGGAGAAAUGGGCUGAUUUUGUGCGACAAUUAGAUCCAGACAUUUUUACAGGAUAUAACAUAAACAAUUUUGAUUUUCCAUAUUUGAUUAAUCGCGCGCAGCAUCUCAAUGUUAAAGAUUUUAAUUUUCUCGGUCGAAUAAAGAAUAUAAAGUCUGUUAUCAAAGAUCAUGUGUUGCAAAGCAAACAGUUGGGUCGUCGUGAGAACAAAUCAAUCAAUUUUGAAGGAAGAGUUCCGUUCGAUUUAUUGUUGGUUUUGGUUCGAGAUUACAAACUCAGAUCUUAUACUCUCAAUGCGGUAUCAUAUCACUUUCUUCAAGAGCAAAAGGAAGAUGUUCACCACAAGGAUAUUACGGGAUUACAAAAUGGAAAUGCGCAGACACGCCGUCGUCUCGCUGUAUAUUGUUUGAAGGAUGCGUACUUGCCGCUUAGAUUACUGGACAAGCUGAUGUGUGUAAUUAUCUAUAUGGAAAUGGCAAGAGUUACAGGAGUAUCCAUUUCUAGUUUAUUAACUCGCGGUCAGCAGAUCAAAGUUGUUUCUCAACUUUUACGUAAGACUCGAGAGAAGGAUUAUUUAAUGCCAGUGCACCAAGGCCACGGUACGGACGAGCAGUUUGAAGGGGCUACUGUCAUAGAACCAAAACGUGGCUACUACAACGAUCCAAUAGCUACUUUAGAUUUUAGCUCUCUAUAUCCUAGUAUUAUCAUGGCGCACAAUUUAUGUUACACAACGUUGCUGACCGUUGCUAAAAAAAAGGAGCUUAAUAUCGACGAAGACCAAAUUACGACAACUCCCACUAAUUCAUUAUUCGUCAAGAGUUCCGCGAGGAAAGGAAUCCUUCCCGAAAUUUUGGAAAAUUUAUUGGCAGCCAGAAAAAAGGCGAAAGCAGAAUUGAAAGAAGAAACGGAUCCGUUAAAGCAAAAAGUAUUAGAUGGUAGGCAGUAUGCUUUAAAAGUUUCGGCAAACUCGGUGUAUGGUUUCACGGGUGCACAGAUGGGGAAAUUACCGUGCUUGGAAAUAUCCGCUAGCGUUACUUCUUAUGGACGUACCAUGAUCGAAAAAACGAAGCAAGAAGUGGAGGAUCAUUUUCGAAUCGAAAACGGAUACAAAAAGGACGCGAUGGUUAUAUACGGCGACACUGAUUCCGUUAUGGUGAAAUUCGGCGUGAAAACCAUAGAGGAUGCGAUGGAGCUCGGUAAAAAGGCGGCCGAAUACGUGACAUCCAAGUUCAUUAAGCCUAUAAAACUGGAGUUUGAGAAAGUGUACUUCCCGUAUCUUUUGAUCAACAAGAAACGUUAUGCCGGUCUGUACUUUACGAAACCCGAUAAGUACGACAAAAUGGAUUGCAAGGGUCUCGAAACGGUGCGCAGAGAUAACUGUCCAUUGGUUGCGAACAUGAUGAACACUUGUCUGCAGAUAUUGCUUAUCGAAAGAAACCCACAUGCUGCGGUGGAUUACGCUAAACAGAUCAUAAGCGAUCUUCUGUGUAAUCGCAUCGAUCUCUCUCAAUUGGUCAUCACAAAAGAGUUGACAAAAACUGAUUACACGGCGAGACAGGCGCACGUCGAGCUGGCGGCAAAGAUGAAGAAGCGAGAUGCCGGUAACGCGCCGAAACUUGGCGACAGAGUGGCGUAUGUAUUUACAAGCGCGGCUAGGGGCACUCCGGCGUACCAAAAAGCGGAAGAUCCCGUUUACGCGUUGCAAAAUAGCAUCCCAAUAGAUACGAACUAUUAUCUGGAAAAUCAACUGGCGAAACCUCUUGUACGUAUCUUCGAACCAAUUCUCGGCGAUAAGGCGGAGUCGCUUCUCCUGAAAGGAGAUCACACGCGCACAAGAUGCAUCGCUACUUCGCAAGUCGGAGCGCUUGCGGCCUUCACGCGUAAAAAGGAAACCUGUUUGGGCUGUAAAUCCGUCUUACCGCCGGACAGGGAGGACAAGGCGGUGUGCAAGCAUUGUGAAUCUAAAGAGGCCGAGUUGUUCCACAACGAGUUGCAGGCCCAACGUAAACUGGAAGAAAAGUUCGCCCGAUUGUGGACGGAAUGUCAGAGAUGUCAAGGCAGUCUUCAUCAAGAAGUUAUUUGCUCCAACCGUGACUGCCCGAUAUUUUACAUGAGGGUGAAAUCUCGAAUAGAUAUGACUGCAAAAGUGAAACGAAUCAAAAGGUUUGGUAUUCCGGAAUGGUAAAAACAACGAUCGCCGUACGUUAGUGCAUUUGACAACCAGUCCAUCGCUUGGUCAAGUCCUUCGCCCUUUGUCGCGGAAGUUUUGAAUAUUUGGAAGGUUCUGUUCUUGAGAGCGUCCAAUCCAAGCGCUUGAUGGACUUCUGCAACACUGAGGCACCCUGCCAUAUCUUGUUUGUUCGCUAAUACGACCAAAAUGGCACCUUGCAACUCUUCCUCCUAUUUAAAGACAUAUUCAUAUAAUCAUAAUCACUGUCCAAUGAAAAACUUUUAAGACAGGAUAUUUUUGAAUCACAUGUGAUAUUUUUAAAAGACGACCGUUUAUACUAGUAUAAAGCAAAAAUAAAGAUAUUUUUAUCUAAAAAA